AUGAAGACUAUUGCCCUCAUCUCCGGGGGAAAGGAUAGUAUACUCUCCAUUAUCCUCUCGAUGCGAUAUGGGCACUACCCAGUAGUUGUGGCGAACAUCGCUCCCGAAUGCGACGAUGGACGGGAAACUGUGCAUGAGGUUGAUUCUUAUUCUUUCCAAACAGUAGGUCAUGAGGUUGUGGAGGAAAUCGCCGCGUGCAUGCAACUGCCGUUUCGCAGAGGCUACAUUCGCGCUGACCAGGCGAAGGUGCAGGAUCUUCAUUACACGAGCAAGCGGGAUGAAGGCGAUGAAAUUGAAGCCCUCUACAGGCUGCUUCGCUCUGUGAAGGAGGAGUUUCCUGAGGUGGAAGCGGUCACUUCGGGCGCCAUAUUGUCUAAUUACCAGCGCCACCGCGUGGAAGAUGUGUGCAGCCGCUUGAAACUCCGUUCACUUGCAUUUUUGUGGCAGCGGCCCGCUGAGGAGAUCCUUGACAUCGCCACCAUUCUGCGCGUGGAAGCUAUACUGGUCAAGACGGCAACAGUAGGUCUUGUACCGCAAAAGCAUCUUGGCACGUCCCUUCUUGCUGCACGUCCAGAACUAGAGAGUAUUCAGCGCUUGUAUGGUGCGCACGCAGCGGGUGAAGGAGGCGAGUUUGAGACAAUUGUGCUUGAUUGUCCUCUCUUUAGGGAGAAGCGUUUGGAGGUUGUUGAACUGCGCCCUGUAAUUGUGGAUAACAAUGACUACUCUCCUUCCGGUCAUGCGGUACUUAAAGUUGCUCAACGUGCAAAAACAGAUGAGGAGAAGGUUGCCGAUAAGCACAUACUGCAGCAACUGUCGCUCUUUACAUUUCCAUCGGAUCGGAUGAAGCACCUUCCUUCUCUUGAUCAACUUAUCUUCGAGGAUUUACAAAUGAAUGAAAACAAAGCAGCAUUCCAAACUCGUAAGUCUGAAGGAGAUGUGGAGUAUUGGGCGUGUACGUGCGGGGUGUACGACGCCUGUAUUACAUCAGACAGAGGAGCACAGCAGCGUAUCCUUGAGGAUGUACUUCGGAAGGCUAUCGAAGACGCUUCGAAAAUUACUCAUGAAGUAUUUUUCGUGUUAGUGUUAUCACCUAAUGUGGAUCUCUUUGACUGUUUUUGCGCUGCGUUCUCGAUUGCCUUUCCUGACGUGUGCCCUCCCGGUUGCUCUUUCGCCGAGAUGAAUUCCCUCUCUGCAUUCCGACUCGAAGUUCUUACUGCACCGCAGUGCUCCAUCGAUCGUUCAACUAUGGUGGUUCGCAGCACCAGUUGCUGGGGCGCCCCAUCGUUGGGACCAUAUUCCUUUUCAAAUAUGCUGAGAGUUGCAAACGAGUGCCGCACGAUUGUGUCCGGAUGUGUUGGGUUGGUUUCCACCACUCAUCAGUUAGCAACCGUGGCGGACAUGGGAGAUUUAAAUGUAACUUCGAUCUCUGAGGUUUGCCAUUGCAUUGGGAUACCUGACGAGGGGACGGUGAAGGAGUUUAUUGCACAGUUUGCCUUCAUGUACGCCAACAGUGUAAAUGGGCUAACGUAUUUUAGGAUUCAACCUAACGAAGUAACACAUGUCACUUUUUUGCUAACUGAUAUGCGAUUUGCACCUCUUCUCGGCCCGCUGUGGCGUUGGUGUAGUGCGAAACAUGGUGGAGGAAGAGAACUUAUUUUCUAUAGGGUAACGAAUUUGAGUGGAGUCCCUGGGAAAUAUGUGGUGUGUCGGGUAUUACCGGUGGUGCGACUUUUGUGUGGUGCUGCCGUUGAGGCCAUAUUUGAGAGACGAAUCACUGCAGAUGAGCGGGAAGGUACUUGA